AUGUCUCAAGUAUCUACCUACAACACCCUCGCCCUCUCCAGCGGCAUCAAUGUCUCUUAUAUCGAAGCUGGCUCUCCGCAUAAUCCCACUCUCCUCUUACUCCACGGCCUGCCCUCUUCAUCAAACCAAUUCCGCAACCUAAUCCCGCUUCUGGCUGCCUCCUACCACAUUCUCGCCCCAGACCUACCCAGCUACGGCCUCACAACCGUCCCCGCAGACUUCGUCUACACCUUCGAGAAUCUCACCAAAGUAACUGGCUCCUUCCUCGAAGCCCUGAAAAUCACCUCCUACGCCGUCUACAUCUUCGACUACGGCGCACCCGUGGGCUUCCGCCUCGCCACCGCCUCCCCCACCUCCUCCCCGGUAAAAGCCAUAAUCUCCCAAAACGGCAACGCCUACGACUCCGGCUUCGGCCACCCCUUCUGGACCCCCGUCGAAGCCCUCUGGAACUCCUCCAACGCCCUGCCCGAGCGCGAAUACCUCCGCAACAACUUCUUCACGCUCGAAUCCUGCCGCUACCAAUACGAAGUCGGCGUGCCCGCCUCGGACCUCAAACUCAUAAACCCGGCCGCGUGGACGUACGAUUUCGAGCAGAAUAUCCAGGGCAAGGAGAAUCAGGAUCGGCAGCUGGAUAUCUUGUAUGAUUAUCGGACGAAUAAGGCGCUGUAUCCGGCAUGGCAGAAGUAUCUGAGGGAGAGCCAGGUGCCGCUGCUGGCGAUUUGGGGGAAGAAUGAUCCGUGUUUUAUCUAUCCAGGCGCGGAGGCGUUUAAGAAGGACUUGCCGCAUGCGAAGGUCGAGUUGUUGGAUGCGGGACAUUUCGCGCUGGAGACGAAGGUUGGUGUCAUCGCUGAAGAGGCGUUGAAGUUUUUGAAGGGGGUGAAGUUUUAG